CAUGCUUAAUCAUGUUAUUCGUUGGAUGUCGUGACGUGACUGUACCGUCAGUUUCGUAAGACAUGUUUAGUAUAUAAAAGGCUAAAAUCUGAAUGAUCAGUCACUUGAAAUUCUGUCAGACAGUAGUGUGUUUUAAUUGUUCAACUAAAACAGAGGACGCAAUUUCCGAACGAGACACCGUGCUGCUAAAUUUUUGGAUACCCGUGGAAAUAGUUCCAGGUGAUGUUCACCUAUCUGUGAUACACAGCGAGAGUGGCAUGUUAAUCUCCAACUGUCAGGAGGAACUACGAAAUCUUACUUCAUCGUGAUUGUGGAUUAUCCUCACAAACAAUGGAGUUCCCAAACUUGGGAGAACAUUGCUCAGAAAACAGCUGCAACCGUUUAGACUUUUUACCUCUAAAAUGUGAUGCAUGCUCGGCGAUCUUUUGUACCAAGCACAUAUCAUAUACAAACCACAGCUGCCCAAGCGCUUACAAAAAAGAUGUUCAAGUCCCUGUCUGUCCACUGUGCAACACACCGGUACCAACAAAGAGAGGAGACCCUCCUGACAUUGCUGUAGGUCAACAUAUGGACAAUGAAUGCCAGUCAGACUUUAAGAAACCUAGGGCAAAAAUAUUUUCCAAUAAAUGUUCCUCUAAAGGCUGCAAAAUCAAAGAGAUAGUGCAAGUACGCUGUUCAGACUGCAAUCAGAAUUUCUGCUUGAAGCACAGACAUCCAACAGACCAUGGUUGCCUAGGUCCUGAAGAGGCAACCAGAAGAAGAAGACUGGACAAACUAGAAAAUAACGUUAAUGUAAAUAGGAGAAACGGCGAGAUCAUGACAAACUAUCAAGGAAGUAUGAGCGAGGACGAGGCUCUUGCGAGAGCUCUUCAGGCCUCGAUGCAAGACGAGGACGCUCCCAGGCGACGAACCGUGGAGGUGGGAUCCUCUGGGAGUAGAGACAGAUGUAGACUAUCUUAAAAUCUUUCCAUUCCACGUAAUCUCUUCUUCGAUCGCACAAAAACGUAGACAAUUCAUUACUUCGUUCUAAGACUUUGCUCGGAAUAAAUUGACAACGUUGACGAAUAAUUUUCAAUCGAGACAGUAGUGAACGCCAAUAUCGAGCUGACUUUGUUCAUGCUAUAUUUGAAAAGUUCACGAGUCAACGUGUUCAACUUUCCAUCUUACGACUUCAAGAAGGUGCACUCGGACGCCUUGUCUAUUUGUAAAAAUUUUCCUAGAGUAUAGUUAACUAUUAAUUAAAAAGUCGUUUCGUGAAAAUAUCUAUUCUAUCAGCGAACGCGUUUUACUUCUCAUGUAAUUAUACCUUAAUAAUAAUUCUCUCAUUAAAAACUAAUUAUCUUUAUAAGAUUCGCAAGCAGGCUGCGGAUUUUUAUACAUUUUUGGCAAUGUUUUAAAGUGCAAGGAAAGGUGUAUAUUCUUAAAAAUUAACAAUACUCUUAAUUUAUUAUUACCUCACAAAGUCUACAACUUUUCCCUAUAUUCCAAUUGUCAUGAAAUUGAAUAACAACGUAAAUAUUUGGAUGAAGGUUCGCAGCGUAAUCAUAAGCAAUUUUAAAUGUACAAAGAUAAACGCAGACACAUUUAAUCACUCGAAAUAUAUUUAUUUGUGGCACUUUCAAAAAGUCCGCGAUGAGGUUCCACGAAAUUUGAUCAGUUUUGUAUUUUUUAUACUUCUUGAUGAACUGCAAUAACGACGGUGUGUUGCUUCUAUUGUUCUAUAGAUGAUUUCUCCGCAGUCUUCAAUGAUUCUCUAAAUAAACUCCUCUCACACGUAAGUUACGACGAUCGUCGUCGAACGAAACGUAUCUUAAAUCUUGCAAAAAGACUAUCUUAAUCCCAUAGCGAGUUCGAAUAACACUUAUCUAACGUCACCUGCCGAAUUCCCAUGAAGAUUUUAAAAAUUAUCAAAAGGGCAACCUCGAUAAUGAGUGCCUUAGUAGAUAGAGCUUAGUUUUUAUUGAAAAUGUACAUUCGAUUCAACUGUACAAUACAAUCGAUUUCUAGACAAUUUUACGAACUAUUUAAGCACUAUUUAAAUAUUUGUACUAUUACCAAGCUUUAAGUUAUAACCGAUGCAUUUCACUUUCUAAUUUUCCACCUUGAAUCUUUCUAUCUAUAUUCCUGAGGAAAAUGUAACUUCGAUCGGAAUGACAAUUGUCAUUGUUAAAAGGAAAAUAAAUUUAUAUAUUUAUCGAA